ACGACCUCGAAGUGCACCGCCAUCUCGUCAUCCUCAAAACACGAACAGAACCAAAACAGAAACCUCAUAACCGUCCAAUCAGAGAUAAACGACGGAAGGUGUUAUCUGCAGCGACGGCCACACACCUCAGCCCCUCACUCUCUCGUCUCCACGUGUCCUCGAUAGCCCCAUCCCCUCCCUCUCUUCGCUUUCAUAUUUAUCUUCUCCUCUCGAACUGACCAACACGCAUUCUCGUCGAUAAAAAAAAAAUACUCAGAUUAUAUUACAAACCGGAUUCGAACAAGUUUUUGAGAGAGAGAGAGAGAUGGAUCACGCUGCAGAUGCUCACAGGACGGACCUGAUGACCAUAACGAGGUUCGUGUUGAACGAGCAGUCCAAAUAUCCUGAGUCGCGUGGUGAUUUCUCUAUUCUGCUAAAUCACAUUGUUCUUGGCUGCAAGUUUGUUUGCUCUGUCGUUAACAAGGCGGGUCUAGCCAAACUUAUUGGACUUGCUGGGGAGACUAAUGUUCAGGGUGAAGAGCAAAAGAAACUUGAUGUCCUUUCAAAUGAAGUGUUCAUCAAGGCUUUAGUAAGCAGUGGCCGAACAUGCAUCCUUGUCUCAGAAGAAGAUGAAGAAGCAACAUUUGUGGAGCCUUCCAGGCGUGGAAGGUACUGUGUUGUGUUUGAUCCAUUGGAUGGAUCCUCCAACAUUGAUUGUGGUGUUUCGAUUGGAACGAUUUUUGGAAUUUACAUGGUGAAAGAUGACCAUGAACCAACUCUAGAUGAUGUGUUGCAACCUGGGAAAAAUAUGCUUGCAGCUGGCUAUUGCAUGUAUGGAAGCUCUUGCACGUUUGUUUUGAGCACUGGAACUGGUGUUAAUGGUUUCACCCUGGAUCCAUCCCUUGGGGAGUUCAUACUCACACACCCUGACAUAAAGAUUCCAAAGAAAGGAAAGAUUUAUUCAGUGAAUGAAGGAAAUGUGAGGAACUGGGAUGGUCCAACAGCCAAGUAUGUUGAAAAAUGCAAGUUUCCCCAGGAUGGUUCCUCUGCAAAAUCUCUAAGAUACAUUGGAAGCAUGGUAGCUGAUGUCCAUCGCACGUUACUUUAUGGGGGUAUAUUUAUGUACCCUGCCGAUAAAAAGAGCCCCAAUGGGAAAUUGCGUGUUCUAUAUGAAGUCUUCCCGAUGUCCUUUUUGAUGGAACAAGCAGGAGGUCAGGCUUUUACUGGCAAGCAACGGGCUCUGGACCUAGUUCCAACGAAGAUACAUGAGCGCUCUCCUAUAUUUCUUGGAAGCCAUGAUGAGGUUGAGGAAAUCAAAGCACUCUAUGCCGCUGAAGAGAAGAAAGCAUAAACACCUAUGCUGUGGCUCUGUUUGGUAUGGCGCUUCACCACUCUGUGGUCAACGGCGCUACAAUGUCAAAAUUAGCGCAAUGCCGAGCAGGGGUUGUUAUUACCACUGUCUUAUAGAACUAGUAAGACUUCUGUCUGUGGGCAUCUGACCUCCUUGUAAUCAUCUAUCUACUCAUUAGAUAACGUGUUUUCAUGAUUUUCUUCUGAUGUGUUCAUUGAUGGGUUAAACAAACCAUUUGGCUCAUAUUAGAAUAAUGAGAAAGGAUGCAUUACAU